UCUCUUUUUUCUUUUGGAAUUUUGCCAAGCAUCAGUAGUACUAGGGUUUAAACCUUAAAUGUUCUUCACUAAGUAGAUGAUGUUUCAUGAAUCAUUCAUUUCUGCAGGUCUUGAGUGAAAUCUGAGAUUGAUUGAUAGAUUUUGUUAUUCAAAUUUUGAUGUUACCCAAAUCAAAAAAACAAAGACACUUGUUCACAGCAAAGUUCUCUGAGUUCACUUCAGUCACUUGCACAGGAAACAAGCCUUGAGUGAAAUCUGAGUUUGAUACAUAGAUCUUGUUAUUCAAAUUCAAAUGCCAUGGAUGUUGCCCAAAUUAAAAUAGAGAAAGACCUGGAAAUGCAGCCUCCACCAGGGUUCACAGAAAAGGCGUCUAAUGCCCAAGGAAAGUGUACUGGAGCUAACGACUGUGACAACAUUCGCUCUGGGCUAAAAGGAAAUCUUGAAGGUACUGAAUACUUGUUGAAGCCAUCGACAAACAAUGGGAAAGAUAAUCGAAGCAUCAAUACGGAAGAUAAAAAAGCUGACACCUCCAACAGUAAUGCAGAGGAAGUAGCUGAAGAUGAGGACUACUAUGAACAAGAACCUGAGCCGGUCGAUACAGAUUUUUAUGACUUCGACAAGUGUAAGAGGGAAGAAUGCUUUGAAUCUGGUCAUAUAUGGGCCAUCUUUGGCGAUUUCGAUGUUAUGCCCAGACUCUAUGCUAGGAUAAAUGCAGUAUACCCACCUUACAAGGUGAAUGUCACAUGGUUGGAGUUUGUUGCUGGGAAUACAGAUGAGACUGCUUGGGAGAUAAGUGGGUUGCCUGUUGCUUGUGGGAAGUUCAAACUCGGCAAGACUUCUAUAACAAUUGAAGAUGCAGAUUCAUUCUCCCAUAAGAUUUGGGGGGAGAAAGAUGUUAGAAAGAGUUACAACAUCUAUCCCCGAAAAGGCGAAACUUGGGCCCUUUACAAGAACUGGAACACUAAUUGGAGCUCGGAUCCGGACAACCACAGAGAGUAUGAAUAUGAAUUUGUUGUAGUCCUCUCAGAUUACACCAAUAUAUCAGGCAUUCUGGUUGCCCAUUUGGUAAAGUUGAAAGGUUUUAUAUGCCUAUUUAGGCCAACCAAAAACAAUGCCAUGGUUUCUUAUCAGAUACCAUCCAAUGAAAUGUUAAGAUUCUCUCACAAGGUUCCUUCAUUUAGAACAAACGGUAAAGAGCGAGAAGACGUCCCUGAAGGUUAUUUUGAACUUGAUCCUCGUUGUCUGCCCAAUUACCUUGAAGAAGUGUCUGGGUUCAUUGAUAUGGAAGCUGAAACUAUUGAUGAUAAUAUUAAUGGUUCGUUAAAAGCUGUAUCAAAGGAGAAGCAUCCUAUGCACCACAAAGGAAAAGAAGAUGCAAGCAUCAGUAAGGAAGACAAAAGAGCUGACAGCUCCAACAGGAUUGCUGAAGAAGUAUCUAAACAACAACCUGUGGUCAGUUUUUUUGACAAUCCAGAUUUUUAUGACUUCGACAGGGAUAAGAGUGAAGAAUGCUUUGCAGUUGAUCAGAUGUGGGCCAUGUUUGACGAUUUAGAUGGCAUGCCCAGAUUCUAUGCUCGAAUUAAUAAAGUACACUCACCUUUCAAGGUGGAUAUCACAUGGUUAGACUUUGUUGCGGAGGAUAUAGAUGAGACUGCUUGGAAGAGAAGUGGGUUACCUGUUGCUUGUGGGAAGUUUAAAUACCAGAAGACUGAUACAACUGAUGAUAUACGUUCAUUCUCCCAUAAGAUUUUUUGCAAAAGAAGUGUUGAUAAGAGUUACAACAUCUACCCCCAGAAAGGGGAAACUUGGGCCCUCUACAAGAAUUGGAACCUUAAAUGGAGCUCUGAUCCCGACAACCACAGUGAGUAUGACUAUGAGUUUGUUGUAGUCAUGUCAGAUUACACCUACAAAUCAGGCAUUUCGGUUGCGUAUUUGGUUAAGUUGAAAGGUUUUGUAUGCCUGUUCAAACCGACCAAAAAAAAUGGCAUGGCUUCCUUUCAGAUACCAUCCAACGAAAUGUUAAGAUUCUCUCACAGGAUUCCUUCAUUUAGAACGAACGGUAAAGAACGAGAAGAUGUCCCUGAAGGUUAUUUUGAACUUGAUAAUUGUAACCUGCCCAGUAACCUUGAAGAAAUGUCUGAAACUGUUGAUGGUAAUAUGAAUGGUUCGUUAAAGUCUGUAUUGAAGGAGAAGCAACCUAUGCCAAUGAAGAGAAAAACUCCUAAUGUGGAGAGUACUCUGGAUGGGAGUUCCCCAGGUAAGAAUAAGUCUUUUAGGAUUUCAAACGGAUGUUAUGAGAACUUAAAUGAAGAAAAGUAUGCAGCAGAUGCUUCUGGUCGAUCUCUGGAUAAGAAGAAGGCUACUAGUGUUUCAGACAGUGAGAAAAAUGCCUGUCCUCACGCUAAGGAAAUGAGUCCCGAUGGUGUGAUUACCAUAGUUCGCAGUGCUGACAAGGACAUCUCCUCUUCACCUUCUUCUUUGAAGAUUUUUGAUAUGCUAGAUACAGGCUUCUGCAACUUUAAAAUAGAGCGAUCCUGCGAAAGGUUCAAGACUGGCCAGAUAUGGGCUCUGUACUCCGAAUUGGAUAAGUUGCCCAAAACCUACGCUCGGAUACAAAGUGUUCAAUCGUUUCCUGUUUUCAGACUUGCUAUUAAGUGGCUUAAAUCUUGCGAUCCACCUAGAGACAUUAUUUCAUGGGUUGACAAGGAAAUGCCAGUAAGCUGUGGAACAUUUAAGGUCACAUCUAGUGAAGUUGUUGUCUUUAAUGAUUCCAUUUUAUUCUCUCAUCAGUUAAGUGAAGUACCAGCUGUUAAUAAUUGUUGGGUGCAAUAAUCAAAAUAAAGAAAAAA